GGCGAGGAGAACCAACACCAACAACCCAACGUCGACGCCCAGGCCACCAACACCAAGAGACAGCAUCAAUGUUUACCCAACUCAUUAAAGACACGCAAAAUUCCUUGUUCAUUUCUGUGAUUUCAAGAAUUCACAUCUCUCGCUUCACAUUCCCUGUUUUUGUCUGUCUGGCCUCUUUGUGUCGCUAACGGCAUACUGUGUACAAUCCAACUGCGCACCCAAAACAACCAACCAAAACAUCCCCCAACAUGUCAGACACAACCAACAACGACGACUUCAUCCACGUCGUCGUCACCGCCGGCGGACCAUACCUCGAAUGGGACUUCAACACAUCAGCCAUGAUCCGCGACGCGCUGCCAGCGGCCAUCACCCGCCCCGGCGCGGAACCGAUCAAGAUCACCAAGCACCCGGACAACGUGCAGUGCAGCUACGGGCCGUGCACGCAGCUCAUCGAGAGCGUGUGGAACCACCCGAACAACAAAAAAGUCGACCUGGCCGUGCACAUCGGCAUGAAUCCGCCAUUCCCAGGGUUUUACUUCGAGACGCGCGCGCGCCGCGACGGUUUCGCCGCCCUCGGCCACGACGGCCUGCCGUUCCCCAAGGAGCUGACUGCGCCGGGCGGCCAGUGGGCGGAUCUUCCGGCGGAGCUGCGCCCCGGGUUCGAUAUGCUGCGCGUCAGGGGCGAGGUCGUCGCGCGCGGCGCCCAAAUCACUGUCUCGGACGACGCCGGCCUGUAUUUUUGCGAGUUCCAGCUGCUGACCUCGCUGGCGGCCGUCCGCGAUCGCCCGGAGCGCGGACACGCCGUCUUUCUGCACGUGCCCGAGGACAAGUCGGAGAAAGACAUCAGCCUUGGCAGAGAUGUGGCCGUCGAGUUCAUUACUGCGCUUGCAAAUGAUAUAGGGCAUUGAGGGGUGAUUUUGCGAGCUGCAGAGAUUUUAUCUAUCGCUUUUUUCGAUUUACCGUCAGGGAAAAGACCCUGCCAUGGUUACCUACAAAUGUCACCAUAUCUAAUGACGUUGUUUGUAUACGAGCGAAAGCUAAAAAGCCA